AUGUGGCUCUGGAAAUCUCAGAGCGCCGUUUUGGCGGCACUGUUAAUAGUACUUCUUGAACUGUCCGCCCGAAUUGCUGGACAAGGCCUACCGAUGUUCGACGGGUCGUUCUAUGCAUCCGGGGAAAUAUUUAGAAGUAAAUUCGAAGUAGCUACUGAAGAAGUAGUUUCUUCCGAAACAGAUUUUUCAGAAGAAGAUUAUUCGGAACCAGAUUCCUCGGAAGCAAAAGUGGAAAUUAAAUUGAAAGAAACCAACAUCUUUGAGGAGGCAUUCGAUGCGGUUGAACGCAAGGCCGCCCUUCGCAUUACCUUGGAUAAGGAGGUUAUCGUGUUCUUCGAAGAUUUGAAUACAGGACAUAAAUUUGUGAUCCAUACGUCUGGUGGUUACACGGCAUGCAAACAUGCGAAACAGAGAGACUGGCAAGUUAAGAAGUACCCAGUUACGGUACUUCGUGGACCGCAUAAAAGAAAGUACACAUUCUUACGUGACAUCCUCACGUUACGAGCAGUGAAAGUUAAGAGCAGAAAGAUCGAACUCGUGCGGGACAUGUACUGCAGAGUGUUUGAGAUGAAUAUCAGUGAUCCUAUACAACGAUAUAUAAGACCCGUCGUGUACUGGACUUUGAAUGAAACGCUACAUUUCGACGAUUCGGGUAAUGUAAAAGUCCCAACAACGACGACUCCUUCACCUCUGCAAUAUACAGAAUCAAGACCUGCACCCGAGAUUACAGAUUUACGAUCGGCCAUGAAAAUACCCAGAAAUAGAACACUUGCAGUUCCAUGGAUGGUGUACUACAUAAAUGACUUUUCAUCGUAUAAGACAGAAGAAAUGACCACGAGGAUAUUUAACUUCAACUACAUCCGUCAGCCGACUGUAAACAACCUUCUAGAGAUUCCAGAUGGAGUUUACUGCCCUGGGGGCUACUUUAGAAGAGGGCUUUCGCAACCCAUAUAUUCUAACAUAAAAGUAUUUCAGUACUCGGCACGUGUCUGGAAUUCUAAGACGAAAUCAUCCAGUGUUAUUAAAGGAUGGAUUGAUGUGUACAAUCGCCUCUUCAGACUUGAUUACACACCUUGGUUGUCGAAGGACCGAGAGCCAGUUACGAUAAUUGCAGUCGACACGAAGAAUACGAACGUCGCUUAUGACCGUGUUUACAAAAUAUCCAAGCAAGGUUCUGAGUGCCGGGCAAUAAAAAUUAAGAAGCUUAAAUUUGAUCCUCAAAUGAUUCUGGUACCAUCUUACAUCUCAUCUAUGACUCCAAAGACAUUUUUCACUGGUCCUGUAGAGUCUGCGAGGCUAAAUUACACGAAAGUUACUUUCAAGGCAGGCGUUCCAUGCCAUUUGUGGAGCAUGCUGCGAAGUGACUGGCCUCCUGGCCUCAAAUAUGUCCAGAGUCUGUGGCAGUGGUGCUUCGUGAAUAAGGAUUUUUUUGCUGAAGCCAGUAAUAUAAACUCGUCGCAAAUGAUCAGUCUUGACAUCACCAUUAAAGAUCUUUACGAUAGAAAGAACAAGGACUAUACAAUUGGACAGACUUUUUCAUUCCAUUUCUAUGGAGUAAACACGACAAUGGACAAGUUAUCGGAAACGGAAGGCUUUGUUCCAAGAGCGUGUUGCAAUAACAACGAUACAAGACAAUUGCGACUACAUAUUGAACAAAAACCGCCCACUGGAGAAUUGCUGAAGAAUCCUGACUUCUUGUAUGCCGCAUGGAAUGCUGUUCGUCGCGUUGGUAGCAUUCAGAAUCCUCACUUGCGUAUCGACAAUUUCAAAGUGACUCAACAGCAAAAUAACAGUCUCAUCGAGUUCGAACUUCUCGGAAAUUUCAUCGACCUAAGUGGGAAAUCGGAGGCAAAAACGGAAGUGAACAUUGAAGAAAUAAUGAACAGACUUGUAUACCAUGCCAAUAAAGGAAAUCUGAAUUUUACGUAUAAUCAGAAAAACUACAACAUAGACAGCGUGUGUUUCACCUGA